AAAGGCUAUUGCUUAUAUAGUCUGCACCUCUGACGUAUUUUACAGACUGAUGUUUGUUCAUGUUGCUGUUUGUGUUUGUAUUAUUAAUGGCUCAGUUGAGAAUGGAGUCAUAUCAGAGGGAUUCAAUGAGGAGAAUCAGGAGAAACAGCAGCAGGACUCUUCUUCAGGAUCUCUUGUAUAAAGGAGGAGGAGGAGGAGACAGAGACACUCCCAUCCCAGCUCGGCCUGGUAGAGACGCUAAAAUGAUCCACUCCAUAGCCAGUCUGAUCAGAGGGAAGAGCAGACUCCUCCUGCUCGAGAACCCUGACACCGUGGAGAUCUACAAACUGAAUGAGUCAACGGCUCGUUCUACGAGAGCUGCUAAAGACGACGUUUACCUGCCAGACAUCACAACGAAGGCCUCAAAUCUGAGCUCAAUGAGAGGAGCUCUGAGUCAGUCCUGUCCCUACCUGUAUGACAAGCGACGAGGAUCCUUCUCUUCAGUUGCCUCCCAGAGAACAGGAGGUCUCCCUAAAAAACAGAGUAACCUAAAGGCGCAAAGAGAGGCAAAGAAAUCCAACGUCACCGUGACGAUGAUCUACCUGGGCCAAGGUCGCCAGGGGUCGGGGUUGAAGUCCACUCAGGAUGAGCUGAAGGUGCUGCAGCAAGUCAACGGAGGGGAGAACAUCUGUGUGUUCAAGGGCCUGGUGACUCCAGGAGAGCAGUUCCAGUUCCUCUCUCAGAGACACCGAGGUUUUCCCUUCAGCGCCACCUUGUACGUUAAUGGCAUCAUGGUGGCGAGGAUCAGCUCCUGCUGCGAGUACCGCUACGCUCCCGGCUUCCAGCAGGGCAGGAAGAGCUGCUUCAGACUGUCGUGGCUGGCGGGCGGGAUCCCCUGCUACAGAUGUACAAGUCUCAGAAACAAAUACAGCUCCUGCCAGCAGCUGAACAACGACCCAGAGAAGAACUUAAUUCUCCCUCUGGAGCAGAACCCUGGCAACGGCACAGUUGAGUCAUGUCCGUCGUCGCCUCUUUUCAUCCCGGCCAAACCGGAGACAAAAUCGAUGAGGAGGAUGAGGAAGCACAUCAGGGACAGUGGUGGAGCAUCUACAGACAGCGAGGACCAGGCUGCGGCCAGGUUCGCAGAGAUCUCCGAGAAGAAACGAAAGAAGAGUCAGACUCGAAAGAAAGACAAAGGCCAAGGAGGCAAGAGAGCAGGGAAUGAUGGAAGGGAGGAAGGACAGAAAGGCAGAGGAGCGGAUGUGUCUCAGAGGUCAACUGUGACAGAAAAAUGUGAAGAGCAAGCAUCGUCUGCCGGGGAAGAGCAGAGAACAAGCAGGAACGUCACAGCUCUGCAGACGGAGCAGCCGAGACCGAAGAAGACGAGCAAAACUGUGGAUUCAUUGCAGGUUGAGGAAGCAACGACUCAGCAGACGAGAGUGAAACAGAAGGAGCAGGGAUCAAAUGGGAAAAACAGAGAUGGGGAAAGACUGAGGGACUUCUAUGAGGAAUGUGUGGAAAUGAGCAGCGCGUUGGAGCGCGGCCCAAACAAACACAACUGGUUCAAGGCAAACAUCCUGGAGAGGUGCCGGCUCCAGAAGAGGCUCUCAUCGGGCCCCGGAGCUCCGGGCUCAGACGCGGAGCUCAGUCCAGAGAGUGACACCGUCCCGCAGCUGCAUGGAGAGCCAGAGGAAGAGGAGGACACGGGGAGCCGGAGACCUGAUGAAGAAGAGCCUGAUAAAGAACGAGAACUGCAGGAACAGCUCGACGCCAUGAUGACGGUCCUGAGCACAUCCGAUGAGGUGGAGCAGCUGGUCCUGAGGCACACGGACCUGACGGACGACCUCCUGCUGAGACUGGCCGAGGCCCUGAAGUCCAGCCGGUCUGAGGUCACGCUGCUCAACCUCAACCUCAACCUCAUUGGCCCAUAUGGUUCUCACAUCCUGCUGGACGUUCUCAGAGUGAAGCCUCAGGUCAAAGGCCUUCACUUGUUUGGAAACAAACUGCGGGACCAUGGCGUGAUGACCCUGCUGAAUGGAAUCGCUGAGCUGCAGGAGCAAACAGCGAGAGCCGCUGCUGCCAUCCAACAAGCAAUGCUGUUCCCAUCCGAACAAAAUACGCUUCUGCAGCUGCCCACUGGGUGGCGCUCUUUCAGGGUUUUUGCACUUUUAGAACUUGAUGUCGGGGGAAACGGCUUGGGCAGUGACGGGGUGAAGGUGUUAGCAUCGUAUUUGAGGUACCACUCGUAUCUCCAGUAUUUGGGGCUGGCACAGACCGGUGCCGCCGAUCUAGCCGCGUGGAAGGAACUUUUCGACAGCCUGAAGGGAAACACCUCGCUGACUCACAUCAUCCUCGACGAGAACAACUUGGGGGACCCCGGCGUCAGGCUGCUGGCCGACACGCUGAGGGAGAACACGGGUCUGCGGCAGGUGGACCUGGACAGGAACGGCAUCAGCGACGUAGGAGGAAAUGACAUCAUGGGGGCGCUGCUUUGCAGGGCACAGCUCCCACUGAGACAUCUGAGCCUUCAGGAGAACAACAUCAGUGCAGGGCUAAUGAGCAGGAUCCAGGAGGAGGUAAAAUACUAAUGAUUUCUGCAGGAGGGAGGAAGUAACAGCUACAUAAUCAACAAAGCACCGAAAUGAGAAGUCAUUGGAUCAUUUGUUUACAUUC